GUUUGUUGUCAUUAGCAACAGUUGGUGUAAACUUUUAUCGUGAGCAGGUAAACUUAGCAGAAAAGGAAAUAUACUUUGCUUUACUUUGCUACGAACCGCACUUGUUUGACGAACGGACAUAUUUGUUUGAAAUGUCAACAAACUUCAGCGCAAAUCAGUAUGAAAAAUCAUUUGCUGCCCAGAGGCUCCAAAACUGGCAAAUACCAAAAAAGUUCAAGGAGCACCCUUCAUCAAAGAAAGGUGGUACUGUUCCAAUAAGCAAUGACAGGGGACACCUGCUAGAUGGUGUGCCAAGAGCAAAUACUUCAGCAUGGGGUAAUUUUAAAGGAACAUGGGACUUUGAGAUGGACUGUCGAAAAACAGUCCACUGCCAGACUCUAGCAACACUUAAGUCAGAAGGGACCAGCUGCUUGAAUAAUCAAGUAAAAAAGACACAACAUUUGAAACAGAAUGAAUUAACAUUGACCAAUAAACAACAAGACAAGGUCUUUCAGGAUUUUUCAAAGAUGAGACCUGACCGAAAUGGAAGUCCUAUAGGAAAUCCAAUAGGUGAGGAUAAAACUAAGCUUAUUGAAGUGCAGCGAGAGAUACAAGUUGCUUCUCCAGUCCAGUCGGUGAAGACAACUUCACCAGAUCAAAGAAAAACUCCAACUGGCUUUCAAAACAGUCCACGGGCAUCACCGGUUGCUGGAACUCCAAAGCCACACACUCCAACAACACCAAUUCUUGAAGACAAACCAGUAACUCCAGUAAAACCAAGCACACCAUUGCAAGAUUUUAUGUAAUUUACUGGUAUUCAAAACCAGAAUGUGAUUUUUGUUUAGUAUUUGCUUAUAAUUCUUAACUUCAUAAAAUCUAUAUAUGCAUUGAAACUGAUGGGCAAGAAGAAGAAUUUUUUUAUUUUUUUCAAAUAUUUUGAUUGUUUGUGAAUUAACCAAGUAAUGGCACCGAGAAAAUACUUAUUGCAAAAAUAAAACGAAUCAAUCCAGUUUCUCUAUUUAUUUGCAUUAUUCUUUUCCUAAGCACAGUCAACAAAAUAGUUUUUCUAGUUAUUCUUGAAUCAUGGAUAGUUCUGUAUAGCUCUUAACUUUUGAUUAACAUCUGGUAUUCAAAGUUUCUGACACUGACAUUAUUAGUGCAUUCAGUUCACUUAAAUGUAAUUUUCUGUAUUGUUUAGUUUCCAAGCUGCAUUAACUGAGAAUUCUUAGAGCUCUCUCUUGUAUCUUAUUUAGUAUCCAAUCCAGUAUUUUAUUCUCAAAAAUCCAGACUAGUAGGCAGUAGCUUAAAAAGGGCAUUGGGAAUGUUCUCAUCUUUAGUUUCAAUUUCUCUUUGUUCAUAAAUAUUGGUAUACGGGACAAAGUGCCUAGUUUUUAUUUUACUUUUGGCAAAAAGAUUCAAUGUGAGAUUCUUUUUGCUCAUUUCCUUGGAUAAGAUCAUUUCCAACAGACAACUCGCAUUUGUCUUUUUGACACCAAAAGUUAAAAGAAGUAAUUUGGUUUCAGUUACUUUUGGUCGCAAUUUGUUCUAGUUUGUGGAUAAUAUUUUAAAACUUUUGAGUCAGAAUAGUUUAUUUUCGAACUAUCCAUAUAGCUGCAAAUAUCAACUCCAUUCACCAAUAGAAAAAAUCAUUAAUGUAAAUAUUAAAUAAAAUGGGCGCUAAGACUGAGCCUUGAGGUACACCAACAUAUCUUUUUUUCAUGUAUCAAAGGUCCAGAUCUUAGCUCUUUGUUUCCUUCUUGAAAAAUAGUUGAAAAUGAGUUUAAGGGCCCUCCGUAGCAAUGAAGAAUUGAUAAAGAUAGAUGCAUCCUUAUUUUGCUUUCUGCAUUUAGUAUUAGUAAAAUCUUUCUAAAAUACAAAGCAACACGAUUUUCUUUAUGUUUUAUUCUUAAAAGCCCCUGUGGUCAAAUCAAUUGGGUGAUAUACAAAAAUGAAAAAUUCCUUGGUAAGUUAUGAUUAAUUAUCUUGGUGCAGUAUGUUCCCAUGUACCAGAAAUGUGUGAUUGAUACAGACUCAGUUAGCUACAUAAACAAAAUCAAAGAAAUAUUUUCUUCUAACAACAGGGAAUGCUAAUUAUACAUUAAAAUGGGAGUAUGAGUUGAUUAAAUUUUAAGAAGACAGUUGUGUAUAGGAAAAGACUGAACAUUCAGAAAUUGAUCUUUUUAAAAUGAGUGCAUAUAUUUUUAGAUAUCUACAUAGAAAGCUUCGAAGUUACCCUUAUCUAUAAAACAAUUUAUGAUAUUUUUCUUGAAACUUGAGAUAGUAAGGAAUUGCUUUAUCAAAGCAAGCAGGCAAGACAUUGUUAAGAAAGAAAGGCAAAACAUGGAAAUGCUGAGAAGUCUUGCGCAGAGAAAAGUUUGAAGGGAAGUAUAUCAAUGAAGCUUUCUAAGCAUGCGCAGUUUAAUUUCUGAUUCGCAGAGCAUUCGCAAAAAGACUCGCACUUUUUCGUGAAAGAGUCGUACUUUUUUGGAAAAAAUUUCCCAACAACUGAUAAAAAAUCACAGCACGGUAAAUCUGCUUGAUCUCUGAGAAGAUAAUCUAACUAUCUAGCAUCGGCUUACUAAAGUCAACGUGAGGGGGUUUGAAAUCUACUUCCUUCAUUUGUGAAUUCCCAUGCGACUUAUGUUCGCCUUAUUUCUGGUCAGUGUUGAGCAACGUUAUAUAUGUCCGGAAGGGCCGUCAGUUCUCUGCAUCUUAUGCAAGGGGCAAUUUCCGAUAUUGUACACAAUACCCCAUAUUGAUCAAUUUGGAAAGAGUCAGUAGGGUUUUGGGUAAUUUGCUCCCAAACUCGAUUUCUUAAUGUGAUGCAUAAUAAUACCACAUUUUCACAAGACAUACGCCUAUAAAACAAUAUCUAAUUACAGUAAGAGCUACAAAUAGUCGAAAAUGGAUUACCAGUUGUGCUUUAAAAAAUUGUAAAUAUCAUACUAUGAAUAAACAUAUAAUCAGUUUUCUCGAUUUUGAAAAUUUUGUGAUAUAAGCUAGGCCUAAUUGCUAUAACGAAUGGAAUUUUAAAAUCGAAACUAUAGAUUUAAUUAUUAUUUCUACUAAAAUUAAAAAAUUUAUAUUGCAGAUAUUUUUUCAGCUAAUGAUCCCCUAUUAUUAGUGUUUUCGUCUUCUUGACAAUAUUUUCCCUCCUCAAUACCCGACCGGCUUCUGGAUGGUAGGCACGGAAAUAUGCAAAACCGGGAAUUUCUCGACAACAGGUCGGGUUCAGUCCGGUCUUUUCUUGAGAAAAAAGACCGGCUUUUAUUUUUAACGACCGGUUCAAUGUCCUCCUGUACUUUUUCGUCAAUGCUAUCACUGGCCUCUUUAUCCAUGGGCUUCGUAAGAAUUCUCAUCGCCUCUUCAUCGCCACCCGAAGGCUCAGCACAAAACGGUAUCAGGAAGAUGAGACAAACUCCAGCCGCCAUGAACCCACCGGCGACGUAAAAUGCCACAGAGUAACUGCCCGCAAAGUCGUACAGCCAUCCUGAAAAAAAGUCAAAAUUUCACUAUUUGGAAUUUUUACUCAAAGAUCAGAGAGAAUCGUUAUGGGAUAUUCAGUCAUCCUACACUCUGAUUUUAGUUACAUGCCUCUGAUAGCUAUCGUCUUUGGAGCCAAAUGACUUUGUUGCUGUUGUAGCAAUGCUUCUUUAAUCUUGAACAACUCUAUCAAUGGCGGUCUAAUUUCAUAAGCAUUUUUCUAUUUCUUCUGCAAUUUUUAGUUCUCUUAAGAGAAAGAAAUAGGCGCUAUCGUGCUGAAAAUUUUUUUCAAUAUACGCGAGUUUUUCUGGGCAUCAGAACACCAUAAAGUUUAAGCCAGACACACCAACCAGGGAAUAAAUCUAAAAGAUGACAUUAUUAUGUGGCUUGGUUGUUAUUAGUAGGUCACCUUUUAAUUAUGCCAACUUCUAACAAGCCCUUUGAUAUACUUCUUUACUUAUCAGAUUUUCUUGAAUAAAAGCUGCAAAAUAUUCUGUAAAAAGGGAAAUAGUUUUAAUUGAAAUCGUGGAUCAAUCUCAUUAGUACCACAAAUGUAAAAAGAACCAAUGGUAUAUUGCACAUGGGUGUCUCUUAGCCUAAAAAGCCCAUCAAGUUCCAGGUGCCAUACUAAAGAACAAACGACGGUUAUUAACUGAAAGCUCAUUCUUUGGAUAUAGAUUCCAAAGUUUACUCAUUAAAUUUUUAUUUGUGAUGCCCCCCGUCACGCGAGUGCCUAACUGGUAAAGUCAAUGAAUGAAAUUUGAUUGUAUUCUCACCAGCCACAGGAGGCCCAAGCAUGGUUGGGAUGGACAUGAUCAUGAAGAGACUGCCCAAUGCAGGUGAAAGUCUACGAAUACCAACGAUCUCUUUUGUAACCAACGGAAUAAGCACAACAAAACAUGCUUCACCAAGACCAAACACUAAGGCGUACAACACAAGCUCUGGGUAGCCUCGCCCAACUGGCAGUAAGGUUGUAGAUAAGCUCAUCGUUAGAAGUCCAGCUUGGUACAUGUAGAAUAUGUUUACUUGUCUCAUGUCCGCGAUUUUCCCUGCAAAGACUUUGCCAAUGGUCGAAGUGAUAGAGAGGAUACCGAUCAAGAAAGAGGCUUUUUCGUCUGGAA